AUGGGUAGAGUGAUGGAGGAUGCCUUAAGAAGGCGACCAUUAAUCGUGAUUAUUGGUUUGGUGCUCGUGUCCACCACCGUCAGUGCGCAAGAAUGCUCAUCGCCCACACUCAGCUUCGGCGGGCCGUUUCCUAUUGGGCCGGAAAUUUCGGCCACCGUCGGUGCAGGCUACACACUGGCCCAACAUGACGUGUCCAACGUCAACUCGGUGUCGAUAGUGAACGCGCUGUCACCUGACCUGCCGGUGUACAUUGAUGCUGUGCUCGAGAACGGAAAGCUCACCAUCAGAACGAAUCAACAGUUUGCGAACUACGAAAAGCAAGAGGAUACACUGUUCUUCCUAAACAAUGUCAUCUUCAUCUGUGCGUCGGGUUCCGAGCGCACUAUGACGUUCCGGCAGGCGAUCAAGGAGGAGAACAAUCACGCUCCACUAUUUGACCAACAGACGUACGACAUAGCGAUACCGCUGCCACUGCCAAGGGAGUUCAACAUACAACAGUUUAUUGCCGAUGGCAAUGGGAUUGUGGCGAAUGAUUAUGAUAUCACAAAAAAUACGGUAACAUUUUCGAUCGAGGAAAAUAAUUACUUCACCGUGAAAACAGCGAACGGUUCGUCGCGUACGGAGUUUAUAGCCCAUCUGAUAACGAAACAAACGCUGACGAAGAUAGAACCUCCGAUCGCCUUGCAGAUUAGUGCGGUGGAUGCUGGCAACCCUCCGAGGACAUCGCAAGCAACCCUAAACAUACAGGGUGAUCCAGUGAUUGUGUUUAUACCACCACCGGAGUUCGAACAAAAUCUCUACAAAACAGCCUUCAAAAUUGGCGAUCUCUUCACACCCGUUCGUAUCAACCUUCUGCCGGGGACAUACGAUUCUAGCGUGCGCUUCGAAUCCUCCGGAGAGGAUGUGAGUUAUUUCACCAUUACACCUGCCACAGAUAGCAGCAGUGCCACCGUAACGCUACGGUCAGGCACCUCAAUCGAUGCGGAAAAGAAACUACUUGCUCUUACCAUCUCGGCCACUCGCUCGGGAGCGGAAAACGUAGGCCGGACGGCAUUAGUAGUGGAACUUUCAACUGACCCGCAAGUUGUGCCCACUUUCGAAGCAUCUCUAUACAGCGGUACCAUCGAUCUUAGCAAAGUGAUUCAAAUCGAUAGCAUCAAACUUAUUCCGUCCACCAGUGAUAGUAGCGUCCGCGUACAACUGACAGGAGAGGAUGCUCAAUAUUUCACCGUGACGUUCGCUAACAAUCAAGCUACUGUCGCACCUUCAAGCUUACUGUCCGACUCGGUGUUGAAGGAGAAGAAUUUCUUCCUGGUAACUGUGCAAGCGGACAAAGCAGAUGUCGGUACGGGGGAAGCGCUGAUAGUUCUAUCGGUGGACAAAGCUAACCUCAAAGAUCCACAUUUCGAACAGUUGGUAUACGAAGGUACGGUUACGGAAGCUGGUGUACUAAACGUGCCUACGGUUCGAAUAUCACCGGACAGUUUUAUGGCAGGUUUGGAGUAUAGCUACGCGGGAGAUACUUCGCUGUUCACGAUUAACGCUGGCACUAGCGGCACAAUCACCAUAACAUCGAACAAUAUUACGCCGGACAAAUUGACAGACAAAAGCUACAUCAUGCUUUCCAUCGUGGCGAAACUGGACGGCGAAGAGGUAACUCACGCUGUAGUCAUCUUCAAGGUACUGCGCACACCGGUCGUUCUACCUCAAUUUACCAAACCCUUCCUGGAGGGUGAGUUGAAUGAGAAAACGCUCACGGUAAGCCUUCCGAACGUGGAGCUUGUGCUGGAAUCCAUCACAACCGACACCAAACUAAGCGUUGUGGAUGAUCGGCACUUCUUCGGCAUUCAGGAAUAUUUUCCACGGAACGUGUUCCAACUUUACCUCCACGGAAAUGUCACGCGAGAAAUGUUGCAAGGCAUCGGGAGGCUUUCGUUCACGGUGGAAGCCAGCAAUCCUAAUUCGGAAACGGUUUACUGUUUCGUUGCGGUUGACAUCAUUCGAACACCGGUCCCAGCUUUCGAGCGACUGAUCUACGAUGGUGUGAUUGAUGAGACGAAACAAUUGGUACAAGAGAUGGUAGCUAAACUGACGGCGGAAUCCACUGAUGCAGGCGUCCUGUACGCGCUAGAAGGUGAAGAUGCGAGUUUUUUCUCGCUGGAACAUUUAGUACCGGUUACGAAUGGUGUACGCAUACAGCUGAAGACACCGUUGAGCGACGAAGAGUUUGAAAGUCGUGAUCACUUUCAGUUUAGCUUGAAAGCCACCAACCCCCAGCUGUCAGCCAGCAUGGCUGUACCGGUGAUAGUGUACGUAAAGCAUUCUUUGGUGAAAAUUCCCCGUUUCGAGAAACCACUCUACAAGUCCAGCAUCGAUGUAGACCUGAAGCUUGUUCCGUUUGAACAGAUUAAUUUAGAGCGUGGCAGUUACGUGGACGAGGCCACGGUUACCAUACGUAACGGCAAUAGUGAGCUGUUCGAUGUGAAGCUGCAGCAGGGGAUUGUCACAAUACAGUUGGCGAAGGAAUUAGAUGCAGCGUCCGUCAAUGGUGUCAGUCGUUUCGAGCUUGUCGUAGAGUGUACUAACCCCGAGCAGGCAUCCGGAUUCGCUACCAUACUCGUGGAUAUUGAUCGUGUCAGUGCUCCACAGUUUCCCGAACUCUUUUAUGCCGGCGAGGUUAAAGAGGACUCAAAGGAUAUAACAUUCAGCCAAAAAAUAGCUCUUUCGCCGCCAACCAUCGCAACCAACACAGAGUACAAAAUAGAGGGACACGAUAGCGCACUGGUGCGGUACUUGGUAGCGGCCGACCAGAGUUUGAGUUUCUUUUUGCGCGACGAAGUGUCCAAGGACCAGUUAAAAGCACGCUCCGAGAUUGGAUUCAUAGUCGUUGCGACUAAUGCAGGUGCUAGCCAACCAGCAACCGUAACCUGUUCGGUGAAAAUAGUACGCGAAGUAAAGCCCACCUUUACGAGUAGCUCGUUUCAUGGUAAAAUUAGCGAAGGAACAACCACCGUCGACUUUGCAGGUGUUCCGGUUGCCUGGGAAAGCGGGAGCGUUAAGGAAACAACCACCUUCACUAUCGUUGAUGCCGACAAUCUCUUUGAUGUGAAGAUAUCGGAGGAUCGCAACACAGUCGAUAUUCUUCUGAAGUCCGACGUGAAGUGGGACCAGGUGAGAUCGAACGUCUACUAUCAGCUGCAGCUAGAAGCUGUAAAUCCCGGUUCCGAAACGACGCAAUGUACGAUCGUGAUCGAUGUAGAGAAUCUUCCCGCAAUCACACCCUCCUUCACGAAAUCCAUCUACCGCGGUUCGCUGCAAGAAGGUGCGAAGGAGGUUAUGUUUUCUGCGGCGGAUACGAUCACCGUACUACCGGGGACGAUCAUGUCCACGUUUCAGUACACUGCUGCCGAUGGCGAUGCCAGUCUGUUCGAUGUGGUGCUGGUGGAUGACAACAAGUUUAAAGUGUCGCUCAAGGAUGGCAUCGCACCGAGCGUCAUCGAGGGUCGCGAUAUGUUAAGCUUCAUACUAACCGUCAACAAUGCGUACAGUGCGGAUGAUGCGGCUACCAUUGUGAUCACCAUCAAGCUGGACGAUAUCAUUAUUCCAACCUUUUCGAAGCUGCUGUACAACGGUAGUAUCGUGCAGGGUACUAGCGAGUUAAUGCUGCAAGACGCAAUCCUACUGAGCAGUGGUACAUUCUCGGAAAACACGGAGAUAGGUAUGGGCGGAACUGAUGCUGGACUGUUUACCAUCUCCAGAGAUGGGCCCACGAUAGAUCUGAAGAUUCGAGACGAUUCCCUCAACUGGGACGAGUUAGUAUCGAAGCACUAUCUAAGCGUGUACGUGCAAGCUACAAAUCCUGGCAGCGAAACGUCUACAUCAUUUGUUACAGUAGAGAUUGAACAGCUGCGGCAACCGCAAUUUGCCCAAUCUUCGGCCCACGGGUACAUUGCGGCCGGUGAACGUGAGGUGCAGUUUUUGGAGGGGUCAGAAUUGAGGAUAGUGGCCGACAGCACGGUACCGGGCUAUCAGUGGAAUCUAGUCGGGGAUGACUAUCAGCUGUUUGACGCAUCGUUAGUUGACGAUUUGUUUAAAUUUAGUCUAAAGGAAUCGAUUCCCGACGAACAGCAGUCCAGAACCACUUUCAAAUUCAGAGUUACGCUUAAAAACCCGACCGGUAGUGCAGUCGACUCCAUCGUGAUGAUUAAUCGUCAGCUUCCAGUGCCUCAGUUUUCCAAACACAUCUACACCGGUUCUUUCGGUGAGGAUCUCCGCUUAUCGUUGGCCGAUGCGAUAGAGAUAACGCAAGCCAGCUACUCAAACGGAAUGCUUGUGUCGGUGAUCGAGUCCAAUGUUGAUUUUCUGUCGCUGGAACAGAACGGUCGAAGCAUCCAGCUGAAGCUUUCCCGCUCAAUUUCGGCUAGUGACUUUCAGGGUCUGGAGAUGGUACGACUUGUGCUGUUAGCCAAAGCUUCUGAUGACAUCUGGAGUACGUGCUCAGUAACGCUUAUGGUUCCCGAAGGAACACCUUGCAUUCCCUUACCACCGGUGGUUGACUGUUCCAGUUGCUAUAACUGCACAACAGGCGGCGUCCAGGACGAUGUGCCUGUAUUUGCGUAUGGCAAUUUCCGAUUUCAAUUACGGAGCGAUACUACCGGUCCAGUUGGUUCAGUGACCGCUACAGCGAAGGACCCAACGGCCGUAAUUCAGCAUAGCUUAGACGUAGAGGACGGUUACUUACAAUCGCAACUCACUAUAACACGCGAAGGACUGCUAAUGAUUGCUAAUCCAAUCAUACCGAACGUGUAUCAGUUCCUAGUGCACGCGACGAACCCAGCAGCAGGCAAGAAGGCCACGGCAAAGGUUUGGCUAGAUGUACUGAAUCGGUUCGAGUGUACCGAAGGUGAUAAGCAAUCCACCGUCGAUCAACUACUGAUAGUGCAGCAUCUGGAAGAAGAGCGACCGUAUUCGUCCAUUUUGUCUGCACAGUUAAACCCAUCUUGUACGUACGAACUGGUCAGUGAAUAUCCCACUGAUAACCAACAGCCUUACUUUUACAUCGAUCCGGUAACAAACUGGCUCGGUUCAAGAAGUUUCGAUCGGGAAGAUGAAGAGUUGUUCGGAGAUAUGCAAAUACCACAGUUCAAACUGGUGAUGCGGUUGAAUUGUCUCGAGACGGACGAAGCACGUGAACGCGAUCGACGAUCACUGGUGAAACGAUCGCUCAUUGAAACGGACACAAUUAACUACGCGUCCGAUGUCACAAUUGUGACCAUAGUCGUGGAUGACAUUAACGACAACGAUCCCGUCUUCGUAGAACCAACAAUCUUAUCGGGAAACGCAGUACAUCUUGGGUUUCCCGAACCAUCCUUAGCGAACCGGCUGAUGCUCUCUGGGUUGAUAACUGUCAAAACUACUGAUGCGGACGAAGGUUUGAAUGCGAAAAUAAGAUACAGCUUGAGUGAGAAUGUGCACUUUAUGAUAAACCCCGAAACUGGCACGAUUGAACCGACGAAAGAUGCUCUGCGAGACUCGAAUCGCAUUGAGCUAACGGUACUGGCUACGGAUCGGGACGGCGCCCUAGACGGACGAAUUAGUCAAUUUGAGCUGGCUGUACAUCGGCUUAAUGAGAAUCACAUAGCGUUUGUAACGGUAACAACAGCCGACGAAGACACCGUACAGGAUAUAGUCGAGCAAGUAAAUGUUCAGCGUGAUUUCCACCUGAAGGUACUUCGUCAAGCUUAUAUUCCAGAAACAGAGACCACAAGUGUUCGCGUUAGCCGUUCUGCGGCUGCACGCGAUAUAGGAGCCUCGACAAGUACUAUGCGUUUGGUUGUUUACGCUCUGAACGACGACAAUCAGCUGCUGAACACGGACGACAUACGAAACGCUAUAAGGGCCGUCUUCCCUAGCAUUGCAGCCUCAGCAAUAACUUCGUUCAAUAAUGCCGUUUGCUAUGGCAAUAGUACGGAUCCUUCCUGUCCUUCGACACCCAACUGUCCGGAAGACUUAAUGGGUCGCUCCAGUAACAGUGGCCUAAUAGCUUCGACUUCGGUGCUGGGAGGACUGCUUCUCAUCAGCUUAACCGUUAUCACUAUACUAUACCUACGGUACGUGAGACCAUUAUCGAAAGGAACCGAGAGCAACCCCUCUGAUAUAGUGCAGCUUGAAAACGACUUUGACACUACUCCACCAUCAAGUCCAGCUACGUCAGGCGGCAAGAAGAACCCGAUCGCUGAUCCGGAGAUGAUCGACGAUCGGAAAAUAUCGAUCAACAUUGUCGGUAUUACGAUGCAAGAGUCCGAAGAUACCAACAUGGACAACAACCGGCUGGCACGAUCUUUAACCGACCGGUUGGAUGAAGAAGACGAGUAUGGUGCUGCCAUUUUCGGAACAUCGGCUCAGGAAACGGUCAGCGAACCGAAAAACGUUAAAUUUAACGAAAUCGUCGAACGGAUAGAGGUGGAAGAGCAUCACAGUGAUGAGGAUAACGAUGAAACAGUGUACGAAGAACGAUUGUAG